AUGUCACUUAUACCGAGACAUGGCAACACGCACUUUGCCAAUUUGAAAUACGGUUACUUGGCUCUCGCAGUAUCUGCCGGGUUCGUUUUAAUACUUCUAGUGGCGCGACACCUAGCUCCGUCACGCGAUAAAACUAGAUCCAGGUUUCGUAACUGGGUUGCUCGAGAUGCAUACCAUAUUUCUCCUUUGCUGUACCUACCUGUGCUCUUCAUUGCCCUGUUCAUCCCAUUUGUGCACCAUUACUCGCUCAAGGAACAUCUGUCAUUGUAUAUCAAACGUCUUGGACGCUUGAGUUACGUUCUCGUCACAUUAAACCUAUUUAUCACCAUCAGACCUAACGUCAUGCUUCCUGGCGUCAAUUAUUUGGAUUUGAUACCUCUUCACAAAUGGCUCUCACGCUGCUUGGCACUAUUGGCCAUUGGGCAUGGAACUGGGUUUUUGGCGCUCUGGGCAGUCCAACCUAACACAAGCGUAUCGGAAAAAGUAUUUGGGAACGUUUGGAACCUUAUUGGAGUCGUCAUUUUCGGAUUGCUUGUUCUGCUACUUUUGUUAACCCUUCGUCCUGUACGCCGGAAGAAUUACAGACUGUUCUAUGGAUUCCACAUCAUCAUGUCAUGGUGUUUCGUGCUUGCUACUGCCCUGCACGCAAGGCCUGGCGUAUUUGCUCCGUACACAAUUGUCAAUGCUUGCAUCUUCUUGGUCCAGAUCGUGUCCAAAAUUGCCUUUGUCAAGAACGUUGAUGUCUUGGCCAAGCACGAUGAGAAUUCUUACUCGACUUUGCGCCGCAUAACGUUUCCACGCUACGCUAUGGGUGAAGAUUUUACUCCUGCUCGUCAUGUGAGAGUCUCUUGUUAUAGGACCUUCCAUCCGCUCUAUUGGAUUUUACCGUCUCGUCCAUUUACAGUGGCAUCUUUACCCAGUGACGAUCACGUCGAACUAAUAAUGCGAGAACACCCUGACGGAUUCAAAUUCCAAACGGGCGUUAAUUACACUAUCCAAAACUCGUUUCCCUCGCUACCUACAAAAGCUCUUGCGAGCGCAACGAGGGUGGCCUUGGUAUGCGGUGGAAGUGGAAUCUCUUACGCCCUACCGCUGUUUAGAUAUUUCGCUGUUGAAAAUUGCGGCUUUCUCAAACUGAUUUGGUUGGUACGUGAUAAGGAAGAUAUUUCAGUUUUGAAAGACGUACUAUUCCCACCUAUGAAGUCAGAUCAAUUCGAAAUUUUUGUUACAAAAAGUACUCCCCCAGAUGACCAAGUUGGAGGUGGCUCUGCGAUGGUUAAUCGGGGAGACCGUGAUCUUGAUGACAUAGAAUUCGAAUUGGAAUCUUUGUCUGAACCUCUCAAUUUAGAUGGUGGUUUGCUAAAGGAAAAUGGCAAACAGCACGGCUUCGGUAUUGCUGCAAAUGUUCACUUGGGUAGAAGGCUAGAAUGGGCUGCAGAUCUUGCUAACUUUGUUGAGCUGGACGCUCUGGAUACAACUUGGCUUAUGGUUUGUGGACCUCAGGGCCUGAUCGAUGCAGGCCAGGAUUUUACAAGACAAAACAAAAUAAAUUUAGCGUCAGAGGUGUAUGCAUUGUGA